GACACGCACACACGUUACCUGUGUGAAUGUAGUCAAAGCGUGUUAAAACUGCGUGUUUACCACGGUUCCUCACCGGGUAGUUUCCGCAAUGGCCUCUAAACGACAACAGGGCGAGGGCAGCGCAACAGACAAGAAGAAGAAGCAGAAGAAGAGCGAGGAGACGGCUGAACUGGGUUCAGCUGUGCGGGACGAGCGGGUGAAGUGUGCGGUGAAGGAGGCGUGGAGUCAGAGGACCCGCUACAGCCAGGGGGAUCUGGAGUUGGACUGCCACCCUUUCCCUCACUGCAUCAUCAAGAACUUCCUCAGCAGCGAGACCUUCGCAGAAAACCUGCAGAGAGAACUGCUGGGGCUCGACUUCUGUGAGAAUUCAAGUGAUCUCUAUAAAUUUAAACAGACAGAUGACUUGAAGAAGAGAACAGAGCCACAUAUUGCAGGACUGAGGUCAGCACUUGGGCAUUUCCGUUCCUGGCUCAGUGAAGUGGUGGGGGUUGAACUGGAGCCCACAGUGGAGAUUUCCUGUGCCAGAUAUGAAUACACAGAUGUCCUUUUGUGUCAUGAUGAUGAAUUAGAGGGAAGGCGCGUUGCUUUCAUUCUGUAUCUCGUGCCUCCAUGGCAGAGCAGCGACGGGGGAACCCUCGAUCUUUUCUCAACAGAUGGUAAUUUCCAGCCACAAAGCAUAGUGAAGUCGCUUCUACCCUCUUGGAACACACUCGUCCUCUUUGAAGUUUCUCCAGUGUCCUUUCACCAAGUGUCGGAAGUUUUGUCACAGGAUAAGUGUCGUCUGUCUGUGAGUGGCUGGUUUCACGGACUGUCUCUGGAGCGUGAGCGUCCUCCUCGCCACAUAGAGCCCCCUGUCCCGAGGACUCCACACUUACCAAGAGAUGAGACCUUGCUGCUUGAGUGGGUCAAUCCAGUGUACCUGGACAUUUCCUAUCAAGAGCAGAUUCAGGAGAAGUUUGAGGACAGCUCUGAAAUCCAGCUCAAAGAUUUCCUCAAGGAGGAGAAGUUCAGGGAGGUGAGUGAAGCGUUGCGACUCGCUCAGAUUCAGUGGACAAGGAGAGGUCCGCCCAAUAAGAGAUGCUAUGAAGUGGCUUCUCUGGACACGCUGCCUCAGUGUGUGAGCACGUGCUGGGAGCUGCUUCGCUCAGAGGCUUUCUUCCUGCUGCUCUCCAACUUCACCGGCCUUCGACUGCACUACCUGUGUCCUGCUGGUGACGACGAUGAGAGUAAAGAUGAGGAGAAAGAGGAGAAGAAGGAACAAGAAGACGCAGGGGACGGAGAAGCCACUGGGUCUUCGAACGAAUCACCAUCUGCAAAUGCAAGCAGAGACAAAGAGCUGAGCACACCUGUAUGUUGUGGUGAACUGCGUCGAUGGUCUCAUGGCAGCUACACUCUGUUGCAUGAUGGAGAGGCAUCGCGGGCAGAGUAUGCUCUGGAUCUUGUUUUACCUUUUGGCUGUGCAGACUGGCAAUCAGAGUUUGGGGGCUUCACAUGUUAUGUUGCUACUGAAGAGGAUGAGGAGGAUGAGGAGCUUCUGACAGUGUAUCCAGAGGACAAUUCCCUCGCCCUCGUCUACAGAGACAAAGAAACCCUCAAAUUUGUCAAACAUGUCAACCACAAAAGCUCCUCUGAUUCUGCUGGCAGUUCAUUCUGCAGAUCAUUUCAUGACUUUUCUUUUGUGUACUAUGAAUAAAUACACAUAUCUAUUUGG